AUGUCCGCUCCCAUCGCCGUCGGAGACGACGCAAGCAGCUCGCCAGACAACAAGUCCCUCACCUCGUCCGACCAGCACACCCCCGUCGCCGCGCUCGAAUUCAAUGCCGCAAAGAGCACCCUCCUCGAGACCCUGGGUCUGCGCGACCCGAAGCCCGAAGCGCGGGUUGCCUGGAACGGCCAGAACCCAAGCUGGUUCCGCUCGACAUUUUUCCAGAUGACCGUGCUCGGUGGAUGCUCCUUCCUCGCUCCUGGUAUCUGGGGUGCCAUGGCUUCGCUCGGUGCCGGUGGCUCGCAGGACCCCAGUACGGUCAAUGCCGCCAACUCGCUCACUUUUGCGCUGAUGGUGUUUACGAGUCUGUUGACGUCUUCUCUGAUCGGCAAGACCUCGGCUAAGUUUGCACUUAUCGCGGGCACUGUGGGAUACGCACCUUAUGCUGCAGGUCUCUAUCUGAACAGCGUCAACCAGUCGCAGUGGCUCAUCAUCCUAGGUGCCGGCCUGUGCGGCAUCAGUGCUGGAACCUUCUGGAGUGUUGAAGGAGCCAUCGCCAUCGGGUACCCAGAGCGACUGAAACAGGCGCGUUACAUCUCCUACUGGCUCAUGUACCGCGUUCUCGGACAGCUCCUCGGCGGCAUCAUCAACCUCUCGCUCAACUACAGCAACGACGGAAGAGGUUCCAUCUCGACCAACACGUACCUCGUAUUUGUGGUGCUCCAAUGUCUUGGGCCGUUCUGCGCGAUGCUGCUGUCGCCACCGCACAAGGUGCAGAGGUCGGACAAAACGCCUGUGUAUCUGCACAUUGAGUCGUCGACCAAGCGCGAGCUCAAGCAGGUUUGGAAGACGCUGACCAAGCGCGAGGUCUUGUUGCUGCUGCCGUUGAUCUGGCAGUCGACUUGGAGCGAGGCGCUGAUCGGCACGUAUGCAGUCAACUACUUCACCGUCCGUUCGCGUGCGCUGGGCUCGCUUCUUUCGGCCAUCUGCGCUAGUCUGGCCAACUACCUCCUGGGAUUCUGGCUGGACUGGAAAAAGCCUGCUGUCAACACGCGUGCCAGGUGGUCUUUCGGAGUGAUCUACACCCUGCAAGGCGCUUGGUGGGCCUGGGCAAUCUACAUCAUGCACAAGUACCACACCACCACACCCAAACCCACGUUCGACUGGACCUCGGACGGCUACGGCAAGGGCUUUGGCGUCUACAUCUUCCUCCAGAUCGGAUUCAACGUCAUGUACGAACUCAACUAUUGGCUCGUCGGCAACAUCUCGGACGACCCCGCUGACGUUAUUCGCCUCGCCAGCAUCGUCCGCGCCACUGAAUCCGCAGGCCAAUGUGUCAGCUACGGCGUCAACAGCACCAGCUGGAGACUCGACGCUGUCGCUGGCCUCAACACUGCCCAGUGGGCCAUCAGCGUCCUCCCCGCCUGGUUCGUCGUCAAGAACAUCGGUAUCCUUAAAGAUGGCACCAAGAUUCACGAGGCUAGGACGUAUGCGGGUGAGGAGGACAGGAAGAAGUUGAAGGAUGCCGGAUUGAAGACCGCCGAGUAUGAUUUGAAGGGUGAUCUGUAG